GGGCUGAGCGAAUACAAAAGAAACUUCAAAUGGAAAACCCCAGAGUUUUGUAGCCCAUCCCAACAGCAGAAAUCCUUGUGGGCAGGACUUCGGUCGGAUCAGUUUGGAAUCACAAGAGAACCAAACUUCAUUUCCAAGAGAAGGGUACCUUACCAUAAUCCACAGAUUUCAAAGUCCUUUGAAUGGACAGCAGAUUGUGAUUUGAAUGACCCACUUGAAACUGAGGCUCUUAAGACUGCAGAGUUGCACACAGACCACAACAACAAUGAUGUGAAUCAGGAAAAAAUUGAAACACCAGAAGGACCCAGACUUGCCCCAAAAGUUCAGUCACAUGCAGGAGAUUCUAAAGGUGAAACAGGUCUUGCCCUUGCAGAAAACAGCAUGAAGAGAUCACCCUCUGCAGCUCCGCCAAAUCAAAAUGAAGUUGCAUGUCCAAAAAAGGAAUUUGAAAAAAUGAGUAAUGGUCUUCACAGAGUCCUUCAGAGGAAGGCAGGCAUGAAUAUUUCACGUUUAAAUACUUUGCCUAGAAAUUCUGAGUAUCAAAGCCAAUUUGUUUGGAAGAGUCCUCAUGAAAAGUCACCAAUACUUGCAGCUGAACAGGUUAUUUGCAACUCCAGUAAACCCAUAGCUCCAUUUAAAUCUCCUGCAAUUACUUCUGAAACUGCGUAUGAGAGAAACUUCAAAGAGUCUCCUCCUGUUAAGGGUCCACAAGAGAAAGAUGGUUCAGAAGAGAAAGAAUUGCCGGUUGGUGAACGAAGUAAGAGGGAAGAACCAUUUCAAAAGCCAGCAGAAGAUGCAGCAAAACAAGGGAAAUCAGAACAGAAACAUCCUAAACAAAAAAAUAAGCAACAUAUCAGUCCAAAGCCCCCCUCUUUACAUACAAGUCGUGGGAAGAUGAACACUGAAUAUAGGUCAAAAUUUUUGUCUCCAGCCCAGUAUUUCUACAAAGAUGGAGCUUGGUCUCGUAUUAGGAGUAAAGUUCCCAAUCAGGUGUCUCAAAACACCCUAAAUUUCAUGUGGUAUAUGGAGGUAAGAGAACUUCGAGAAAGAGCAAAGGCUUACAGGCAACGCGUAGAGGGAACACACUUCUCCCGAUACCAUCUCAAUCAGAUCCUGUCCGAUAAUAACAGUCUCUGGGAUGUGUCCUCAAAUUCCAGUUCAGAAGAAGGCAUCAGCAAUAACAUCAGAGCACUAGAUCUUGCUGGGGUUUCUGAAAAAGAGGCUGCACCGAGCCCCAAAAUGCUGCAGCAACCUGACUCCAGAGAACAGCCACACCAGCCCAGCACUGAGAAGACAGACAUGUCAGAUGCUUUAACUGUUCCAGUAAAAAGGCGUUUAGCUUGGGGUGAACAAGAAGGUACUGAAGAAAGGGAGAAUUGGCAGUCAACGGAAGAGGAAGUAAAACAAGAUGAACAGGCUGCAGUUGUGGCUCAGCAGUUAGAUGGAAACACUAAGGUUGCCAGUGAAGAUAAGAAAAUUGAAGGUGAGAAUGCCUUAGCAUUGAAUUCUUCUGCAGCCGCGUCAGAUUCUUCUUCUGUAUCCUCGAGGACAGGUGGCAGGCUUCCUACUCCGAAGCUGAGAGCGCUUGGUGGAGCUCAGAGGACUCAUCAUGAUCUCACUACCCCAGCCGUUGGAGGUGCGGUUCUAGUAUCUCCUCCUAGAUUCAAGGCUUCAUCUUCACAGCAGAGAACACGAGUUUUAGAACCAGACUCUUCUUCAGCUAAGCAAGGUGCAAGAGAAACUUCAAAAAGGAGGUCUUUCCGGCCUGAUGUGGAAGUGGAAGCUGUUUCACUCCUUACUUCUCCACCUGCUGGGCUGGGAACUUUGGAUCCUCUGCCACUUAGGCAGGAUCUGCAGCCUCCUAACAGUGUUUCUGAUGAGCAAGUUCCUCUUGCUUCAGCCCAUCAAGAGCGUUCCUCUACACCUCCUGUGCUGAAGUCAGCCAAAAGCUGCCCUAUGCCUUGCUGGAGUCCCUCUCGUCGUAUUCAAGGGACUCUCAAAGAUCCAGAAUUCCAGCAUACUGGGAAUGUUGGCAAUCCAAAAACGAGACCUUUCCAGUUACCCCUUCAGGAAAGAAACUAUAAUGAUGAAGAUGACAGGUUGUCUCAGAUUUCUGCUCACUCAGCAGCAUCUAGCUCGCUUGCAUCUCAGAUACUGGAACGAGCUCAGAAGAGGAAGGAUUUCUGGGGCAAGACAUAA